AUGUUGAUUUAUGCCACUGAAUGUAGACAUGAUUUGGAUUUGGUGACGGAUAUACUGGCACCUUUUUGGCAGGCAUUAUUGGCUUUAAUAAAAAUGUGGUGUUUUGUUUGGAAUAAGAAAAAGGUUGUUAAAUUAGUGCGCCAUAUAUGGUUGUGGAAUUUGGAAGGAUGUGGCGAUGAUUUGAAGAUCAUUGCAGAGGAAAAUCGCAUGGAUCAUUUCUAUUCCAUAUUAUUUUAUCGCGCAGUAUUGACAACUAUCGCAAUGGCCCUAUUAUCACCAAUUAUAGUUGCAUACUUUUAUUAUUUGAAGGGCUAUGGAUUUAUGGAGAAUAUUGAUCUUCCAUUAAAGGCAGCAUAUCACAUUGUGCUAGAACCUAAGUCAUACAACGGUUAUCUCUUGGCAUAUAUUUGGAACAUUAUUGCCAUUUUGUAUAUUCUUAAUGGUGCCUUAUCAAAUGAUACGCUAUUUUCCUGGUUUGCUCACAAUGUGUGCGCACAAUUUCGCAUUCUAAAUUUGCGCUUCAAAACGACAGCUAAUAACGGACGAAUACAGGAUGACGAGAGUAACUUUGUAAGAACCAUUAUACUUCACAUUAAGUAUCAUCAGCGUGUCAUUGAAUUGGCCAAUAAUUUCAAUGAUGUCUUCAUGGUGACGGUAUUCUUCAAAUAUACUCUUAGCUUUUUACAAAUAGCUUGUUUAAUAUUUCAAAUUGCCCGGGGCGGUGAAGUGUCAACAUUGCUGUUUCAUAUCUUAUUUUUAGUGUCUGUCUCACUGCAGCUGCUGUUGUAUUGUCGGGGUGGUCAAAGGAUAAUUGAUGAGAGUACCUCAAUUGCAGUGAACAUUUAUAACUAUUUCCAUUGGCAUGAUAUGAGUAUCAAAUCUAAAAAAUUAUUGCUUUUACCCAUGAUGAGAGCCCAAAAGCCUUGCAUUUUAACUGGUGUCUUCUUUGUGGCCGAUUUACCUUUAUUUUUAUGGGUUUUAAAAACGUCUGGGUCUUUGUUUACUAUGCUCAAAUCUAUGGAAUGA